AAACUGACCUUACUCUCACUUUUAGUUGUGUAUUCCCACCUCGAAUCAUAUCAUAAUAAUAGAUUGAAAAUUGAGAAAACAUAGUGAAGAUCUGUGUAAGCGCUUUGAAGUGAGGCUACCACCACUACCAACAACUAUCACCACCGCCGCACUAUCUUACACACACCGCUACUGAAAUGGGAACGUUGGGCCGAGCUUUCUACGCCGUCGGAUUCUGGAUCCGCGAGACCGGCCAAGCCAUCGAUCGUCUCGGCUCUCGCCUCCAAGGCAACUACUACUUCCAAGAACAACUAUCCAGGCAUCGACCUUUGAUGAAUGUAUAUGAUAAAGCUCCUUACGUUCAUAAAGAUGCAUUUAUUGCUCCAAGUGCUUCCAUUACCGGUGAUGUUCAGAUUGGUCAAUCUUCCUCCAUUUGGUAUGGAUGUGUUCUCAGAGGUGAUGUUAACAGCAUUACUAUUGGAUCUUCAACUAAUAUACAAGACAAUUCUCUUGUUCAUGUUGCUAAGUCUAAUUUGCCUGGAAAGGUAUUACCUACUAUCAUUGGAGAUAAUGUCACUGUAGGUCACAGUGCUGUGUUACAAGGAUGCAUUGUUGAGGAUGAGGCAUUCAUUGGGAUGGGUGCAACCUUACUUGAUGGUGUGUAUGUUGAGAAACAUGCCAUGGUUGCUGCUGGAGCUCUUGUCAAGCAGCAUACUAGGAUCCCCUGUGGAGAGGUUUGGGGAGGUAAUCCAGCAAGGUUCUUGAGGAAGCUUACAGAAGAUGAAAUGACAUUCUUCUCACAAUCCGCCUUAAAUUAUUCCAAUUUGGCUCAGGCUCAUGCUGCUGAAAAUGCAAAACCACUGGACGAGACUGAAUUUGUGAAAGUUCUUGGCAAGAAGGUUGCUCGUCCUGAAGAUGGUUCAGUACUCGGCGCUGUUCAAGACACACCUCCAGAGACUAACCUCCCAAAUAAUGUUGUGGUAGAUAAAGUUCCAAAGGCUUAAUUUCAUUCCUUUAGAGUACUUUUUAUGUGCGAUUUCUAGGAUGAUGGCUGCUCUUGUUUUCAAUAAGUUUUGUCAGUGCUCUGGUGUUCACACUGUUAAAUUGAAUAUCAGAACAUGCUGUACGUGGUGGCGUAUGGUUAAUUUUUUUGGUAAUACCACAAUUUGGUUGUGCUUAAGGCGUCCAGGAACAUAUCUGCAGUUAUACAGCACUGAAGUUUGGCAUGUAUUCUAAAAUAAAGAAUAUCAUUUUAAAUGA